AUGGGAGCGUCUCUCCUGGGCGACCAGCCAACGCCUCUUCAGCUGGAAGGCCUGGCUUGGAGCCCACGAAGCAGCGCUGACAGCAACGUCUCGGAACUGCAAGUUUCUGCCCUGGAGGGCGCAGAAGACUUUGCCAACUUGGCUGAGGGUGGCUUCUUGCCGGGAGACCCAAGUCUAGUGAAGAAGCAGAGGCUGCUCAAUGGAAUCCCUCUCCCCCCGUUCUCAGGCAGCCAGGAGGAGCCUCGGGGUGAGGGAUCCACCAGUGCAGGCCCCAACGUGGACAGCGCAGAAAGGGGCCCCUUGGAGGAGGACGGAGCACGCGCGGCUGAGCGAGGGGAGGUCCCUGGCCAAGAAGAGGGGACGGCUGGUCACGAAGGAGGCGGAAGCAGCUCGGGGGAGCCGGAGGAGGUUUCCGCACGAAGGGCGGAAGGGUCGCGGGGUGAAGAAAAGGCUCCACUAAAGACGGAGAGUCCUUUUGAGGAAGAGGCCCACGGUCUUCUCCCAGGACGAAACCAAGAGGCGUCUCAGGAUCCUCUCCGCCCUUUGGGGGCACAGCUGGAUGAUAACCUCACCGAUUCCCCUGAGGUGGAUGAAACUCUGGAAGGGCACUUGGGCAACCCUUUGCCAAGAGAGGAACCCAGGGAGACGCUCAGGGCUGUUCUGCGGGAUUUGCGUGAACCGGGAGAGCCGGAGGAGGCAGCAAGUGCCCACCCAGCAGAGGAAGGAGCUACGGAGGACCUGGCAGGGAGUCCAGAAGAGCCGGAUGGCAGAGGAAGAGCUGCAGUGGAUGAAGCCGGAGCUGCCACCCAGCUUCCCAUGGAAGGACGGGGCUUUGGCCAGGGGCAGCCAAAUGGCAGUGGGGCAGAAGGCGCAGCAGCUUCUGAAGGGAAGGUUCCUCCUCCGGCAGAGAGAAAGCGGCCCAGAGCGGAGGAGCUGGAGAACGCGCAGAGGGACCGGUCCCACAUUGAGAGCACCCUGAAGCUGAAGGAAGAGAAACCCGCAGAAGACUACUCAGCCAUCCUGCAGCGGCUGAGGAAAAUCUACCACUCCUCCAUCAAGCCCUUGGAGCAGUCCUACAAGUACAAUGAGCUUCGGCAGCAUGAAAUUACGGGCUAUCCGUUCAAUGACGUCUGCCAAUGGUUCAUCGAUCGAGCCGAUCUCAUCUUCGUGGUAUUUGACCCGACCAAACUGGACGUGGGGCUGGAACUGGAGAUGCUUUUCCGCCAGCUGAAGGGCCGGGAGUCCCAGAUCAGGAUCAUCCUGAACAAGGCGGACAGCCUGGCUACUCAGGAGCUCAUGCGGGUGUACGGCGCCUUGUUCUGGAGCCUGGCCCCCCUCAUUAACGUUACUGAGCCCCCCCGGGUUUACGUCAGCUCCUUUUGGCCCCUGGAGUACCAAGCCGAAACCCACCGCGACCUCUUCUCCAAGGAGGAGAUCUCCCUUCUGGAAGACCUCAACCAGGUGAUUGAGAACCGGCUGGAAAACAAGAUCGCCUUCAUCCGCCAACACGCCAUCCGGGUUCGCAUCCACGCACUCCUGGUCGAUCGCUACCUGCAGACCUACAAGGACAAAAUGACCUUCUUCAGCGACGGGGAGCUGGUCUUCAGGGACAUCGUGGAGGAUCCAGACAAGUUCUUCAUCUUCAAGUCCAUCCUGGCCAAGACCAACGUCAGCAAGUUCGACCUGCCCAACCGCGAGGCCUACAAGGACUUCUUUGGGGUGAACCCCAUCCACAGCUUCAAGCUGCUCGCACAGCAGUGCUCCUACAUGGGGGGCUGCUUCCUGGAGAAGAUCGAGAGGGCCAUCACCCGCGAGCUGCCUGACCUCCUCGGGAGCAUCGGCCUGGGGAAGAAGCCCGGCCCCCUCUCCUGCGACACAACCGGCUGCGGGGAAACUCCAAAGAACCGCUACAAGAAGCACUAAGAGGCCGCCAGCGUGUGGCCCUCCUGCGCCCCGGCUGAUGAAUGAGCUUAUGUCUUAUCUGUCCAAGAAGCCCUGUUGGCCCCUCUGGGGGCCGCAGAGC